GAACUGCUGACCGACAUGAGUGACAACAACGCUCCCGACCUAUCCAUCGUGGGUGAUCGCCUAACAUUACACCCACCCGGUGUCAUCCAAGACCAGGAGACGCCUCUCCUGACUUCAUACGCUCGAUUUCGUUCAGCCCCUUUGAAUUUUCUGCGAGAAGUCAGCUUACAUCUCUCUGGCACUGGUUGGCGCUCAUACGAUGACUUCAUUGGCCGAAACAUCUUCUACAAUGGCUUCAGCGACCACAUCAAAGCCUUGGUCUUGAAGAAUCCACGAUUGCAAUCUAGAAUCUCUGAACUAGCUCACAAAAGACUCGAUGUCGAGAUUGCCGAAGGGACUCUUCCGAGCCACAAGGCUGAUGAGAGACGUAAAGAAAUGGAGGCUCAGCUGGUCCAGGUCGCCGAUUCUUGGACGGACCAGAUGAUCUGCAAGAUGGACAGUAGAAGAUUUAUCCGUGGUGCAUACUACUUUGCCACGCAGCUUCUCACGAGAGCCUACCAUCAAGGCAUUCACGUCUCUAGCGAUGAGGUCCUGCGCCUUCGAAAGGUUGCUCAAGAAGCAGAGAGAAAGAAGCAGUCCAUCAUCUUUCUACCAUGUCAUCGCUCACACGUCGACUAUGUCUCAUUACAACUCAUCUGCUAUCGUCUCGGUCUCGCCCUGCCUAUCGUGGUGGCUGGGGACAAUCUUAACUUCCCUGUGGUUGGACCAUUCUUACAGCAUGCUGGCGCAAUGUGGAUCCGUCGAAGUUUCGGUGAUGAUGCCCUAUACACAACUCUCGUUCAAGCAUAUCUAGACACCUUACUACAAGAAGGUCACAACUUUGAGUGCUUUGUUGAGGGCGGUCGUUCACGCACAGGAAAGCUCUUGCAGCCAAAGUUUGGCAUCUUGAGUUUCCUUCUCGAAAGUGUGCUAUCUGGUCAAGUCGAAGACGCCGUGAUUUGUCCUUCUCUAGGAAACUUCUUAUCAUCAUCAUCUGUCCUGUCCCUGAAACUUGGCCGUGUAGAUGUCCGGUUCCACGAGCCCUGGAGUCUACGUGACUUUAUUAACGAGCAGCAACUCCGAGUCACGACUUUACCACCUCGUAUCAAAUCGCCUGAGGAUAUUGCUCUCAAACGUCGCCUUCUGACCACCCUUGGCUACAAGGUACUCUCUGAUAUCAACGCCGUCUCUGUAGUCAUGCCUACCGCUCUGGUCGGAACCGUUCUUCUUACCCUUCGUGGACGUGGUGCCGGCAAAUCAGAACUCGUGCGUCGAGUUGACUGGCUUACAGAAAGAGUAAAGAAGCAAGGUGGACGCAUCGCACACUUUUCAGGUCUUCCGACUACCAUCGUUGUAGAGCGUGCUCUUGAUGUUCUUGGGCAAAACCUGGUUGGAGAAUACAAGAACUUACCUGAGAAGACUUACUACGCCGCAGAUCGAUUCCAACUCAGCUUCUACCGCAACAUGACUAUCCAUUUGUUUGUAUCAGAGGCACUGGUCAGUGCUGCACUAUACACAAAGGUCAAAAUGGGUGGUGGUCCAGAGAAUCAGAGUAUUUCAUACAAUGACCUGUAUGAUUUCGUCUUCUUCCUCUCACAAGUAGGUUUCUCCUUCUCCUAUGGUCGGUCUCCUACUAAUUCUGCAAGNCUCUUCCGUGGCGAAUUCAUCUUCCCGACGACACCUCUGGCAGAGAAUCUCACCAACACGUUGACCGGACUCGAAUCAGACAACAUCAUCUCAAUCAGCCGGUCCGAGAAUGACGGCAGCACAAUCGAAUCAAUCUCACUCGACGAGUCAGAGCGCCUCUCAGGUCGUGAGAAUUACGACUUUUACUGCUUCCUGAUCUGGCCAUUCAUCGAAGCCAGCUGGUUGGGUGCCAUAAGUCUUCUGAUGCUUACACCUCCUUCGCCCAAUGCUUCACAACAAACCUCGCUACCAUUGAACGCCGUCGUCACCCAAGCACAAAAGUUAGGCAAAACUCUGUAUGCCCAGGGCGACAUUUCGUACCUUGAAGCAGUCAAUCGUGAAACGCUGCGGAAUGCGUAUACAAGGUUCGCCGAAAGUGGAAUCAUCUCCAUCACAUCGCCAUCCAAGGACGGAAAGAUCCCUGCUGCCGUUCGUCUCACUGCUGAGUGGUUGCCUGAGAGGACAGAGGAUGGACAGAUCAAGGCUCAAGGCAAGCUUUGGGAGUUUUGUGAGAGCAUAAGCAAGGCAAGACGAGAAGGAAAGAACAGACGCGAUGGCAACACGGUUGUGAGAAGAAUCUUUGGACUGGUCGACUUGGUUGGUGCCGGCUUGUGGAAGGAUGUCGAACCCUCGACGGUAGCUGUGCCUGCCAAAGGAGGUGCAGAGUGGAGGGCCAAGAGAAGAGAGAUUCGAUCUUCGCCAAAGCUAUAA